AAUUGGAAAUAAAAUAGAUGUCUGCUCAUGCAAAGCCUUUGAGCUAUACUCCAACAGCCAAACAGGUGAAGAAGUAUCCUCAUCGUUCAAAAGAGAGGAGAUCUUCAGGAUUCAAUACUUCGGAGAAACAGCCCCUGAAGAAACUGUACAGGAAUUAUAGUCAGUAUAUUAAUAAUUCUUCAAUCAAGAGGCGUAAAAAUCUUCUGUCAGAGGGGAAGAAGACCUGUAUUAAAUACAUAAAGAAGGGCAAAAAGGGACACUCAAGUGUCCGCAAAGGAAUGAGAGGUUCUUACCACAGGAAAAGUAACGAGUAUGAGUCCACUGUUGCACUUACUAGCCAUGGUAAGAAGCCUAGGUUGGCUCAAAGUUAUAUAAAGUCUCCUAAUGCAAUGUCUACUGAGUAUUCUCAAGGCCUAUCUCAUUCAUUAAUGAAACGCUCAAUUAGUGAUGAUGAAGAAAUUCCUAACGAACUCGAUGAGACUGCGUCGUUUGAUACUAAGGAAGAAGUCAAGAGGGAAUCUUCAAGGAAUAAAAUGAGAAAACCUUACAGUAGAGAAGAAGAUUACCUUGUCUCAGGAAGGAAGUGCACCCCUCAGAAUGAGGAAACGAAGGAGACUCAGAGUAGAGUUAAAGAAGAGCACCAUGAUCAAAGAUAUUCAAGCUUAAUGGCAGCUCUGGAUCAAUCAAACUCAGCUAUGGCUUCUUUUCAGGUCAAAUAAAUCUUCUGUGGCUAAGACAAGAUCAUCAGUAUUUAAAAAGCAGCUGAAAUCAUCAGACAGAUCUCCAUCAAGAGUUACUAGCUGGUUAGGGAUGAAAGAUAAGGCUAGACGGAAUAAAGCCAGUAGGUCACCUAGUUUGCUUAACUCCCGUGCUAAAAUGUCACCUUCAAGAGAGCUUGAGGAGGACAAGUACAUCGAUAAGGCAGAUAAGAUAUUAGUUCAACAAAAAGGCCAUAUUAACAACCUGAAGUGGGCUAAGGAGGAAAUUAUUGAUGAAAUAACGGAGAUUCAGCAGCUUAAUCAUGAAGAGAAAGUCCGAAUCAGAAUUAUCCUUGAACGCCAGCAGAAGAUAACUAAAAAUAUUGAGAAAGAAAAUAGAAUCAAAGAAAACUAUAUUAAAGCUGUGCAGAGCAUUGCUGCAUCUGUUGACGAAGAAAAUAGCAGAAAGAGGACCCUAGAACAGAAAUAUUUCACUCCAAUUAUUGCUAACCUAGAAUCAAAUGCACAGGACUUGAUAACCAGAAUAGCUGAAGAAAGAGAAGAGAUUGAGACAAUCAGGCAAAAAAUUCAGGAUGUUAACAGAUUUGUAAAAAACAAAGGGGAUGAGCUAGAGGACUGAAUAAUCGAAGCAUGUGAGAUCCAGCACAACCUAAGCCAGGACAUCAAAAGACUUAAGCAAGUAGAGAAGAGAAGGAAGAUCGAUGUGAGAGACAUGAAAUUCGAAAUGUCCAAGGCUUUUAAAAACAAACAUAUCUCCAAUGUGUAGUAGAAAUAAUCAAUUUUGGGCCA